AUGUUUGAAUUAAAUGUUACACAAUGUGGGGUGGAUAGGCGCGUGGUAGAUGUGUUUCAUAGAAGAAUGAGGAAUGAUCGGAUUACAAAAAAAGUUCAAGAGAAGUAUCUGCGAAACGAUAUCAGUUGCGGGCUGGUUUCAUGUCAGAACUGUUCAAAAAAUCCGGUCGCAUGUCUGAAUAUUCGAACUUCUAGUGAUAAUUCCCUGGAUCAUGCUAUCAUUCUCGAUCCUUCAGCGUUGAUUCGUUUUCACCACUUGUUCGAGAAUCCGGAAUUCAUAAAUAUUAUAAUCAUGCAAACUGUGUGGGAAGAUAUGAAAAAGUCCUGUCCACCAGCUUACAAGACAAUUUAUUCAUUAUUUUGCAAGAGUCAAGAUCGAAAAUUAUACGUUUUUAUGGAUGAUUUUCAUCGUGAAACUCAUCUUGAUGUAAUUGAAGGUGAAAGUGAAGAAGACAGAUUGAUACAAUCGCUUGUUACUUGUGCAAAAUACUACGAAAAUCAUUGGAAAGAUCUCUCAAUAACUCCGUUCCUUGUAUGUGGCUCUGCAGAACUUAAAGAUCAGUUAAAACCCCAGUUUGAUAAUGUCCUGACUUUACAAGAGUAUGUAGAAGGUAUGGAAGGAAAUGAACAUUUACUUGAUAAAAUUACUGUUUACAAUAUGGAAGCUGACAGCAGAAAUCGCAUCUUGUUUCCUGAGCAUCUUUCUCCUGAGGAAAUACAGGACGGUAUUGAAAGCGGAAAAUUCAAAAGAGCUAUGUUUCAUGUGUCUCAUGAAAAUUAUACAGAAGCUUUUGUUCAAGUUGAUGAGGGAACGACGUGGUUUAUUGAAGGCUAUAUCAAUAUGAAUCGGGCAGUGAAUGGUGAUAUUGUCGCUGUUGAAUUACUUCCAGAAUCAGAGUGGACCUGUCCACAGAAAAUUAUUCGAUUGAGAGAUGUCGAAGAAAUUCAAAUGGAUGAGGCAGUUGACAAAGAGGACGAUCAAACUAAUGAAGCCAGUGAAAAAAAAUCAAGUAUGGGCGACAAAAUUCCCUCUGCACGAAUAGUAGGUAUUAUAAAAAGAAAUUGGCGUCAGUAUUGUGGAAUGAUUCUGACACCGAAUGUAAAAGAUUCGUCUAGCAUGCUGUUCGCUGCGGCGGAACGACUCAUACCUCGGAUUCGUAUUGAAACACGUCAAGCCGAUCGCCUUCUCGGAAAAAGAGUUAUAGUUGCGAUUGAUAGUUGGCCUAGUGAUUCCCGUUAUCCAGUUGGACAUUAUGUAAGAAGUAUUGGUACCGCCGGUGAUCAAGAAACUGAGAAUGAAGUUUUAUUAUUGGAACAUGAUAUUCCACAUGGACCAUUUUCGCAAGCUGUUUAUGAAUGUUUACCUGUUCUUCCUUGGAGUUUACCUUAUGACAGUUGUCGCAGAGAUCUUCGUUCACUAAUAGUGUGUUCAGUUGAUCCUCCAGGUUGUACCGAUAUCGAUGAUGCUGUUCAUUUUAGGAGGAUUGCUAAGAAUCGCUACGAAGUUGGUGUUCACAUUGCGGAUGUUUCAUAUUUUGUCAGACCAAACACAGCAGUAGAUACUGAAGCAGCUUAUCGAGGAACAACUGUUUACCUCUGCAACAAGCGUAUUGAUAUGUUGCCUGGUUUGCUCUCAAGUAAUUUAUGUUCUCUUCAAGCAAACGUUAAUCGUCUAGCGUUUUCGGUCAUUUGGAUACUAUCAAAGGAUGCUGAUAUCAUGAAUGUUAGGUUUCAAAAAUCGAUUAUACGAUCAAGUGCUGCAUUGACCUACGAGCAAGCUCAAAAUAGAAUCGAUGAUACUUCAUUGGCUAUGAAGUUGAAGGUGUCCGACCCUUUGACGCUCGGACUGCGAGGACUAUUGAAAUUAUCAAAAAAGCUAAAAGCUAAACGACGCGCUAAGGGUGCUCUAAACCUGGCGUCAUCUGAAAUAAGUUUCAACAUGGAUUCCGCAACGAAGAGUCCUAUCGGUGUUCUGGAAAAAACCGUGCUACCUACCAAUAGCAUGAUUGAAGAAUUUAUGUUGCUUGCAAAUAUCUCAGUUGCGGAGCGCAUAUCAGUAGAUUAUCCUGAUUGCGCUUUACUUCGACGACAUCCAAUCCCAACAGAAGAAAAUUACAAGCAAGUUGUUGAUAUGGCGAAAGCAAAAGGCUUCCAGAUCAAUAUUGAGAGCGGAAAAGCUUUAGCAGAGAGUCUCGAUAAAGCUGUGGAUCCGGAUAAUCCUGUGUUGAAUAUAUUAUUGAGGAUGUUAGCCACACGCUGUAUGACGCAGGCUCUGUACUUCUCAGCAGGGUCAAUCCCCGCCGAACAGUACAUACAUUUUGGUCUUGCGACUCCAAUCUACACACAUUUUACGUCACCAAUUCGAAGAUAUGCUGAUAUAAUGGUUCAUAGACUACUGGCUGCAUCGAUUAAUGCGGACUCCACGUGUCCCGAAAUGUUGAACUCUAACUUGGUUAAUAAAAUCGCUUCUAAUCUUAACUAUAGGCAUAAACAAGCACAACGUGCUAGCCGAGCAUCUAUUUCAUUUACUACACUGCUUUACUUCAAAGAUCGGACAGAAUUAGUUGAUGCUUUUGUCAUGAGUAUUCGAAAAAAUGGAAUCCAGGUUUUGGUCCCAAAUUAUGGUUUGGAAUCAGUUGUUGUUUUCCCUAAGGACUUGAAAUAUGAAGUUACUGAUAACUCGUUAAUAGCCGAAGGCAUAGAAAUACAGUGCUUCCAGAGGAUCAAAGUGAAGCUGUCUUUGAACGAAUCCGAUAUUCAACACAUCCGUCUGGAUAUAAAACUAGUAUCACCGAAAGUGCCCGGUUUCAGUGUCGACUACAAUAUAUGUGCUCCUGAAGAGUAA